AUGCCCACAAACCCAAAUGGCGCUCUUGGUUCCCUGGACUACAAGAAGGAAGAAAGGCGGGUAUUGGCCAUCAAAUCUCGAGAAGCAGCCCCCAAAUCUAGUACUCCUGAACGUCAAAAGCUAAUUGAUGAGAUUCAUGAAUAUUUGCUGAGUAAGGUGCCGCCUGCCCCGCAACUGAGUUCUGCAGAUGACUCCAAGGAGAAACCCGCUAACAAAGAGGCUGAUGUUGAGGUAACUUCUGAAGCCACUGAGCCUGCAGCUACUGGGGAAGAGCAACAGAAUCCCCCCGUAAGCGACAGGAUCGUCGAGGAAGCCAUACCAGAGGAGACAUCUAUAAAUGCCAAUCUCCAACAAGAAGCAGCAAGAGAGGCGCCAUCUGGUCGCCCUGCCCUGCA